AAUAUUCACUGAUAACUACAGGACUGUGGCUCAUUCGGCCCAUAUUUUUGAGAAUAGAUUUUUGUAUGUAGCUGAAGAUUUUUUAAUUUUUUAAUAUAUUGACAUAGAUAUUAAUAAAUAUAACUUCCGUUUGUGAUGAGUUUAACGUGACCAAUACAGGAUGUGCAUAGUACUCCCACGAUUUGAUAAAUGCUGUUUUUGUUUACGGUUGCGGACGGGCUCUUUGAUUAUAGGAUAUUUGUCUUUAAUAAUAUCAUGCCUAAGCAUUGGGACAUUGUCAUUCUCCAUAUACAAAGUGGCCACAUAUCAGCAUGACUAUCACAAGGACCCCAAUACUACCCCAGAAGAUGUGGCCAGGGCGACCUUAUCCCUGUACAUAACACUGGGAUAUUAUAUACUAGUGUUUUUGUUUCUAAUUACUUUAAGUAUGAUGCUGUUGGUUGGAGUUCAUACGAAUAAGCCUAACCUACUGAAGAUCUACUUCAACGCCGGUAUGUUCCUGCUGGGGCUUGCCCUUGCCCUCGUUGUGAUGUGUUGGGUGUUCGCGGGAAUCAUAGCUACCCUUCCUCUGCUGAAGUGGUGUUUAAUUCACUUCUAUUCCUUGCUGGUAGUUCGCAGCACAUACUUGGAGAUGGAAGAGGAAAACAAGCCGCCUGUCUAUCAAAUGCAUAACAUAGUGUACAACCCUCAUCAAACAGAGCCCCUGAUUGCUUAGUUUAUCGUUGCGUCUAACUUUAAAAUUAAUUUAAAUUACCUGAUUAUAAAUUUCCAAAAAUAUAAAAAUUAUUGUCAUUUUAUUAUAUUUAUUCUAAUAGUAA